CGCGGUUUUCGUCGCGGAUUUUCCAAUUAUUAGCUUUUGGCGCGAGCAUCUUUUUUUGGCGUUCGACCCCCUCGACAACACUAGCAACAAUAACAACUAUAAGAGCUGCAGCAACAACUCCAAUAUAAAAAAACAUUUUACGUGUGUCGCAAGCGACGUUAUUCGGCAUAAAAAAAAUACACAAUUAAUGAACGUGCGGUUAAAUAAGAGAGAAUAAAUAUUGAUGAAAUAACGGAACGUCGUUGAACCAUAAUACUUGUUCAACAAAAUCAAGUUAGCAUUAAUUUGCAGGCCUUUUAGCCAGUUUUAUAUAAGUGAUAAUUAUAUUGGCAAAACAAAAAGUUGCCAAAGAGUGCUUAAAGUUUGAAAAUAUUCCCGAUGCAUGCGCCACAAAAGUGUUAAUCAAAUUUUUACUGGCAACAAGUGAUACAAUAGCUAGUAAUACAAUAACAAUACCAACGGGCGCUAUCAAAAGUUAAAGGUGCCAACAAAUCGACAACGACAAUAUACACAACAACAACAAUAGCAGCUUUUACUCAUUUGGCAAACACAAAAUAAUUUAGUUUUCUUAAGAAACCAAAACACCAUCUUAAAUCCUUGCCCAAAGGUGCUUGGAAGCGAUUAAAAGACUUGCACGAUCGCCAAAAGAGGCGGCGUCACUUACUAAUAGAGAACUAUUCCCAGGAUUUACAUAUCGACAACGAACCUGGUACUUUAUUAAUACCCAUUGUACAUACCCACGAACCCCCACCAAGUAGAGCCACUGGAACAAUACCCAAGAAACCUAAAGACGCUUCCCCGGAUCAAAGUUGCCCGUAUUCUCGCUUCAGGCACUUGCAAUUCCAACGCGAUCUACGCAUCCAUCCCUUCACAGACACCAAUGCGGAACGUGUCAGGAACAACAAGGACAUAGAAGUAGAAGAAGAUUUAGUCAAAAUGCCUAGUGAUAAAGAGAGCCCUGAAUCCAAACCACUUAACAAUAACAACACAAACGGAAAUGGUGGCAGUGCAACAAGUAAGCCAAAGAUCCAGCCUAAGUACAGCAUCCAUCGGGAUGUCCUCACCCACGAGGUGGUGAUCAAACAAACGGGCUAUGCGGCCCGGGACAAAAGCAUACCCUCCUCCCUGCGGAACUGCUGGCAGAGCUGGAACUUCUUUGCACUCUUCACCGGCGUGAUUCCUAUACUGCAAUGGUUACCUCAGUAUUCCCCAAGAAGAGAUCUUCCUGGCGAUAUUAUCGCUGGUUUCACAGUCGCCAUUAUGAACAUACCUCACGGCAUGGCCUAUGGCAUUUUGGCAGGAGUUUCGGCAGGAAAUGGUCUCUAUAUGGCCGUCUUUCCGGUGCUAGCCUACAUGUUCCUAGGCACAUCCAAGCACAUCUCAAUUGGCACCUUUGCAGUGGCCAGCAUGAUGACGGCGAAGGUCGUGGAUACAUAUGCCAAUGUGGAGGACCACCAUCACCACAUUUUGGCAAUUAAUGGAUCUGGGUUGCUGUCGAAUGAAACAUCGACUGCAUCACCUCUCCUGCUGUCAAAUUCCUCUGUACUUACGGAGGCCAUCACCUCAACCACCGCAUUACCACUUCAGCUAUUAAAUUCCGCACUAAGUGCGGAUCCCAUCACAAAAGUGGAGGUGGCCACGUCUUUGGCUCUCACCGUUGGCAUUGUGAACCUUCUUAUGGCUUUUCUAAGGCUGGGAACAUUGUCAUCCCUGCUGAGCGAACCUCUGGUCAAUGGAUUUACGACAGCUGCAGCUUGCCACGUGGUCACUGCCCAGCUUAAGGAUGUCCUCGGCAUCUCAGUGCCCCGACACAAAGGCGCCUUUAAGAUCAUAUACACUGUUAUUGAUGUAAUCAAGGGUGUCCCAGAUACGAAUCUUGUGAACUUUGGCUUUUGUAUGUCCGUGAUCGUUUUUAUGAUGAUCUGCAAUGAGAUUUUAAAGCCUCGCCUGAGUAAACAGUGCCGCUUUCCCCUGCCCGCAGAGCUGAUAAUGGUAAUCGGUGGCACCCUGAUCUCCAAGUAUUUCAACCUCCACAUCGACUACAAGGUGAAUCCGGUGGGGACAAUACCAAGCGGAUUGCCGGAACCCGUUCUGCCGCGCUUGGAUCUUGUGCCAAAGGUAGCUGUUGACUCGAUAGCCAUUGCUAUAGUCACCUACUCCAUUAUCAUGUCCAUGGGACUGACUUUCGCCAAGAAGCAUGGCUAUGAGGUUAGGCCGAACCAGGAACUAUUCGCCAUGGGCAUUGGCAACAUGGUGGGUGGCUGCUUCUCCUGCAUUCCCAUGGCUUGUUCUCUGUCGAGAUCCGUGAUCCAGGAUCAAACGGGUGGAGUUUCGCAAAUUGCUUCAUUAGUAUCCGCCGCACUGGUGGUGGUCACUCUCAUGUGGAUCGGUCCCUUCUUUGGUAGUUUACCCAGGUGCGUUCUGGCGGGCGUCAUCAUAGUGGCAUUAAAGCCGAUGUUCAUGCAAGCCAAGGAGCUGAAAAAGUUCUCUAAGCAGGGCAAACUGGAGAUGUUCACCUGGAUAUCAACCUUCCUUUGCGUGGUGAUCAUCGAUAUAGACAUUGGUCUUUUGAUUGGCAUCUGCAUCUCUCUGUUGGCUCUGUACAUCAAGGGUCUGAAACCUUACUCCUGUCUUUUGGGAUACAUGCCAGAGGCCCCUGGAAUCUAUAUGGAUCUCAACCAACAUCGGAAUGCCAUGCAGGUGCCCGAGACCCGCAUCUUCCGCUACAGUGGAUCACUUAACUUUGCUACAAGUUUGUUCUUCCGACGUGCUCUAUAUGAGGCAGUGGGUCUGGAUAAGAUGCCACUGACGAAGAUCAGCAGCAAUAGCAAUAGUCCCAGCAAGGGCAGCAAAACCAGUUAUUCCCCAGUAUCGCAAAACGGAGGCAAGGCGAUCAAUGAUCAAUUGGAAGAGUCAUCUAGUCUCUUCAAGGUGCUCAUCCUGGACUUUUCAAUGCUGGGACACAUAGAUGUAGCGGGAUGCCGCACUCUCACCGAUCUGAGUAAGGAGCUGAAGGUGCGAGGAGCCCGUUUGCUGCUGGCCAGCCCAGUGGAUCGGGUGUACGAUACUUUGGUACACAGUAUGGCCCUCAGUGAAGGACCUUUUGAGAUCUUCCCAACGCUGCACGAUUGUGUGGAAUAUGCAAAUGCCUGUCGAACGGCGUGAGAGGGUGAUCCUGAUACUGCUCCUCUUUCCCCUGACAAGGCGGAGGUGGAGUUAAACCCAGUUUUGUGAUAUGUCCAAGUGAUAGCUUGUGAAUCGUAGCACCAAAACCCUCUUCCUAGUUGCUAAGACUUAUUUUAAACUGAAUAGAAACAAUGUCGCCGUCUACAAUCAAGCAGAAUAGGCUAAGUUUGUUUAAGUGCCUCCAAAAAAUAUUGAUUUUUGUACUUAAAGCAUACACAGCCCACCAGUCAAGGCAACCGAAGAACUUCAAGCGAUCAAAGAGUCGCAUUGAUUUAGUGCAAUUUGUACCAAAAUGAACAAUUCAAACACACACAAUUAGUUAUUAGGAUUAAUAUGUAUGGAGAUGUAUAAACUGUACAUAAACAUUAAACUGAAUUUGUUGAAA